UAAUCGCGCCGCACUCACCCAAGGGUUACCUGUGACACCCUCGCAAUGACAAGAGGGUGCAGCAAAGGGGCAACGUAAAGGGACUUUGGAUGAUAUUAUUCCGUCGUUUUUGGGCGUAGGCCUACAUUUUUGAUAUUCGUGAUCCGGAGGACCUUGGGAUUUACCUGCGGCCGUGUUGUUCGACCGGGGAAUAAACUAACUUUUCAUCACCUCGCUUUAGUUGCAUGCAGCCGUGAGUGUGUGUGGGGGUCGGUGUGUGUGCGUGUGUGUGUGUGUGUGUUUGUGUGUGUGCGUGCACGAUGAGUCGGAGAACGCGGCGCUGGAUAUUAAGGGUUUUACUUUGCCUAGGGAUUGUUUAUUUAAAAAUUGGUGGCUUUUCGUCGGUGGUCGCCCUAGGUGCGAGCAUCAUCUGUAACAAGAUCCCUGGUCUGGCUCCACGGCAGCGGAUCAUCUGCCAGAGCCGCCCCGAUGCCAUUAUCGUCAUCGGAGAGGGAGCCCAAAUGGGCAUCAACGAGUGUCAGUUCCAGUUCAAAAACGGCCGCUGGAACUGCUCUGCGCUCGGAGAGCGGACGGUCUUCGGAAAAGAGUUGAAAGUGGGAAGCAAAGAGGCGGCAUUCACCUACGCCCUCAUAGCGGCGGGCGUGGCCCACGCCAUCACGGCGGCCUGCACCCAGGGGAACCUGAGCGACUGUACCUGCGACAAGGAGAAGCAGGGCUACUACAGCAAGGGCCAGGGCUGGAAGUGGGGCGGCUGUUCGGCGGACAUCAGCUACGGCCUGGGCUUCUCCAAGGUGUUCAUCGACGCCCGCGAGGUCAAGCAGAACGCCCGCACGCUCAUGAACCUCCAUAACAACGAGGUGGGCCGGAAGGUCCUGGAGAAGAACAUGCGUCUGGAAUGCAAGUGUCACGGCGUCUCGGGCUCCUGCACCACCAAAACCUGCUGGACUACACUUCCCAAGUUCCGCGAGCUGGGCUACAUUCUCAAGGAGAAGUACUCCCACGCCGUGCACGUGGAGCCCGUCAAAGCCAGCCGCCACAAGCGUCCCAAGUUCCUCAAGGUCAAGAAGCCCCACUCCUUCCGCAAGCCCAUGGACUCGGAGCUGGUGUACAUCGAUCGGUCCCCCAACUACUGCGAGGCGGACCACACCACGGGCAGCCUGGGGACGCAAGGCCGCGUGUGCAACAAGACUAUGAUGCAGCAGAUCAGCGGCUGCGACCUGAUGUGCUGCGGCCGCGGGUACAACACACACCAGUACUCGCGGGUGUGGCAGUGCAACUGCAAGUUCCUGUGGUGCUGCUACGUCAAGUGCAACACCUGCAGCGAGCGGACAGAGGUGUACACCUGCAAGUGAGAGUAUUUAUGAGGACGCCGCGCGUGGGCCUGUGUGUAGGUUUGUGUGAGUGAGUUUGUGUGUGUGUGUGUGUGUGUGUGUGUGUGUGUGUGUGUGUGUGUGUGUGUGUGUGUGUGUGUGUGUGUGUGUGUGUGUGUGUGUGUGUGUGUGUGUGUGUGUGUGUGUGUGUGCGGACUUUUGUGCGUGAGUGUGUAUGUGUGAGUGCAUGCAUGUGUGUGUGUGUAUAUGAAUGCUAGCUUAUUUGUGUGCGUGUGUUUUUGUUUUUUAUGUCUCUGGGAGUUUUAAGUAAGUGUGAACGUUUAGAGGAACUCUUAUGUACACUGUACCACGGCUGGAGACUGCAGCCCAGCCAUAGAUAACCAGAACUCAAUGUUCCAGCAGGGACUCGAAGACGGAGCAUACUAUUUGUUUUGCACACAAAUCCCCAAAAGUCCUCCUCUGCGUGGAUGUCGUUUUGUUCUCCUUCUGUUAGUGUGCCUGGGAUUGAAUAAUGAAUCACUGCUAGAGAAGGUUCCUCAGUGAAUUCCUUCUCCCUGCUGCUGGCACCCGGCGACAGCGUGACUCAUUAAGAUGACAAGUGGACUCUUCAAAAGACCUUAAGCUAUGGAGGCGUAUCAACACUCUGAGGAAAUAGUUAAUGCCAAUGCAAAUAAUCGCAGGCUGUGAUUGUUGGACAGUGCAAACUGCUGUUGGUGACUGGCUGGCAUUUCAGCCUGAUAGAAACGGCAGCCUUUGGGCAUAUUUAACACUGUAUUUAGCAAUGAAAACAAAAUAGAUAUUGUUAAUUUAUUCAUUAAAAAGACUACUGAUUUUGUCUGUUAUUGAAGAAAAUUGAUGACAGGUUGUGGUUGUGAAAGGUAUACUUUGUGGGAUUCCAAAACAGGAAAAUUGAAAAUGAUCAAAAAAUAAAACGUGGAUUUAUGAGCGUCAAGUGAAAUGCAAAAAAAUGAUUAAGACGAAUCGAUCAAUGAAUGAUCAAUGUAUUGAAAAAAAAUCUCAAGUAUUGGCCAAAAAGAUUGAUUUGAAAUAAAAGUAAUUUGGUAGUGCAUGCAAUUGAAUCACAAAGUAUACCUCUCAAUAAUACAUUCGUAAUGGAUCAGUGCAAAUAGGUACACACACUGUAGCCCCGGGUUGGGCUUGAAGCCGACCGUGACUUCAUGCCUUGACCUUCCUCUCAGUUGUCAUCCCCCCCAACCCCCCCCAUCCUCUUUGUUUGCUGCUAGUCUAGAAAAGGUAUUCUGAGGUCAAAGACUGUAAACUCCCAUCAAGCUCACACACUUGUUUAACCAGACCCAGCAUUGGCCGAUCAGUAACACUGGCACAUUUCCUCCUCUUCUGGUAAAUAGUGGUUAAUAGAUUAUAUUUUGUGAAAUGCUAUUUUUAUAUGGAUGUCUUAUUUAUAUCUCUUCUACAUAUACAGCAGUGGCCCUUUCAUCACUGUUGUUAAACCCUUCUAAGCUAAUAACGUUAUGUUGGUCCCUCGCUGUCACUGCCAUAGUUGUAUAUUGUAUGUGAUAGAAAAACUGUUUGUAAUAUGUCUGUGUUCACUACUGUGUUUACUGCCUUUCAUGACUACUACCGAUGGAAUACAGAAACAGAUU